AAGAAACUCACCAUCAGGACUAAGUUUGGGAUAAACUGCAGACAGGACUCUGUAGUUAGGAGUUCCGACUUCUCACAAGAUGCUGGACCGGAGAUUGGCAAGUGCACACUUCAUCCUGGCUGUGGUUGUGAUGCUGUGGAGCUCAGGAAAGGCGUUCUCUGUGGACAUAGCAACAGAGGCCUCUGAGUUUGGAGCAGCAGACUUGCAAUCACCAGCCACAGGCAGGGAAGAGAAAUCAGCCACCGACCUUGCAGCUAAGCUCCUGCUUCUUGACGAACUGGUGUCCUUGGAGAAUGAUGUAUACGAGACCAAGAAAAAGAGGAGUUUCCCUGGCUUUGGGUCUCCCCUUGACAGACUCUCAGCUGGGUCGGUAGAGCACAAAGGGAAACAGAGGAAAGUAGCAGAUCAUUCAAAAAAGCAACGCUUUGGAAUCCCCAUGGAUCGGAUUGGGAGAAACCGACUUUCUAGUUCCAGAGGCUGACGAAUUACCUUCAUAUGUCUGUCUUGCGAGAAAUGGCACAGAACUUAUAGAAGAUGCUUCAGUGAAGUUCUUCAUUGCUCCUUGCUGGUGAACUUGUUAAAGAAUUAACCUUCUGCAAACCUUCCCAAAGCUUG